AUAUUCUACCUCUUAAUAAGUCAAUUAAUAUUUAAAAAAAAAAAAAAUCGUGAUAAUACAAGACAUUGUAAAAGUAAUAUAAUAUCAAUAUAAAUUAGCUGAAUUUAUUUGAGCUUAUAAUAAAAUAACUUGCUCUGUGGACACUGGCCUCAAAUUAUUUGAUCAAUACUGAAUCUUAAGUCAUACAGGCAUGAAUAACAUAGAAACUACAUCAGAUGAUGUAGAAGAAAUAUUAGUUUAUGCUGAAUUUGAAGACAGUGUCAAUUUAGAAAAAUAUAAUAAUAUUCAUGUAUUAGGCAUUGACACCAAAAAUCCAAUUUUUCAACUAGAUGACACCUUUUUUACUGGUACUAUAGAAAAUCCAUUAGGCACAUAUAUGUUCUUUGAAGAUGAUCCUUCGCCUCAUUGUGCGGAUCCUUUAUUUGACAAGCUACCUGAAAAAAAUUUAAAAUACUUGUGUAAAACAAGAAAGCUCAUAUCUGUAGAACAUGCAUAUGUGACACAUAAAGAAGGAAAAGCAGAAACGGACCACCCAGUUGAAGCAACAGAUUCUUCUAUGAAUGUUGAAAUAAAACCAGCAGAUUUUAAGACUAUUCAAGAAGCAAUAGAAAAAUUUAAAAAAGAGUGGGCGUCUAAUUCAAGUCAAUAGUUCAGCUAGAAAAUGCCUCAAAAGUCAAUAACUAAAACCCAUGCUAAAA